AUGUCUUCCGAAUCGGAUGGCGGCGGUGGGAAUAUGAUAGAAAGCAUGCCGCAUUUUAUGUCUAUACUAUACCCGGGCUCGCUGGAGAAGGCCGAUAUAGAAAAAGUCAUCGAUAGGAAUUUAGAAGGUUUACGUAAAACAGCAGAUGGUAGAUUGAAAUUGCGUCUACACCCGAAAAUGCCAAGUACCAUAAAGUCUUCUGCAUACGAAACAAGCAACUUUUUAUUCAAAGCGAGAAAACAUAAAAGUGGAAAAGUGACGUACAAGCUGGUUGGGCUCAUUACAGAGGCUCAUGCGUUUGCUGAUAUGUGCGAUUUUAUGUUCACACCACCUGAGGAGAUCAGAGAUACGUUUAUAUAUACGGCGGCGAUAUCGCAAAUAUGUCGCCCUCAACCGUAUAAUUUUGAGGGUAAUGCAUAUGCUAAGAAAAGGAAGGAAACUUCCUCAGCUGUGGAAGAAGAGGAGGAGCACGACAAUGGACAUCACCCAAAUCCUAAAGUGCCAGUGCAUAGAUUUGGCGAUACAACACCUGUGCCUACUGAGUCGGGUUGGGCAGCGGGCAGCGGGGAGGAUCCGGUGCCUUUGGAGCUCCUCAAUGAUGUACAGAAGAAAUUCGAAGAAAGACCGAUAUGGCUUCGUGCUAGCCUUGACGAACAGCUGGGGUUGUUAGGGUGGACUCCACAGAGGCUGUCGGGGUAUCCAUGGAAACUAAGCUUUGCAUUACGAGCAGUAUCAUAUUUAUACCUCAACGGGCCCUGGCGAAAUUGCUAUGUUCGAUUUGGAUAUGAUCCGAAGCUAAACCCAGAAGCCGUGAAAUUUCAAGUGAUCGAUUUUAGAGAUCCUCAUUUUCGCAGUCCGGCAGCAGCUCGGGAGCAUCCUAGUGCGACUACUACUGCUACUACUAUUACGUCGGAGAGCAAACCUGAUGUCCAUUUUCGGCGCCCACCGGGUAAUCGUUCACAAAUUUAUCAACUUUGUGAUAUUGAAGAUUCGGCCAUCCAAGGAGUAGUGGAAAACGAGGUUAAGAUUAACAGACUUGGGAAGACUCUUGACCCGACCAGUGGGUGGAUGGCGAAGUCAACGAUGUCGUCGAUACGAACACAACUGAAAGUCCGGUUCGUCGGACGGUGA